AUGAGACUAAGAAUCCGGUUUGAUUCGCGGUUUCAUUCCAAGUGCCUGAGGGCUUCAGAAGUGUGUGUUGAGUCCAUCAAUAAAGGAAAGAAGGCGUUCGGACGAGAGGAAGUGAGGGGGGUAAGUGAAAGAGAAAGAAAAGGAGGAAAUGGAGCCGAAGGCGACUCAGACAGGAACAGAGACAGAGGGAGAGAGAAGAGAGACAGAGAGCGAGAAACGAAAGAGCGAAGGAAGCGCCACGAGCCCUUCUUACUGAAUGAGCACGCCCGCCGCCGCCUGCGCGAACCCUCAGGCUGGGGGGCGCUGCGUCUCCGGGCGCAGUGCCAGGACCCUCCGGAGCUGCUGCGGACCCGGCCAAGGGUCGUAUCCCGCACGGCGAGCGCAGGUGCCGGGUGCAGGGGGUGGUCCCAGGCCCCGCCCCCGGCCCGCAGGCCCCGCCCUCAGUCCCCGCCCCCCCGGCAACCCGGCGCGCGCGGCAUUGUGGGAGUUGUGGUCCCGGCGGCCCCGCGGAGCGCAGCGCGGCGUCGGCACCGGCGGGGGGCACCGGCGCGGCUCGGGUUCGGGCUCGGGCUCGGGCUCGGGCUCCCGCGGCGUGGGCUGGGCAGCGGCCGGGCGGCGGCUCCGCGGCGCGGGGCAGGGGGCGUCCGCAGAUCCGCGCCCUCGGGCGGCGGCGUCUCCUGGGUCCCGGCAGCCGCCCGGGCUCAGGGACCAGCGGCACUUGAUGAUGUGACAAAAACCAGCCUCUUCAAACCCACUGCAGUGACUUUUGCCAGAAGUGGAGUGGUGGGCACAGCUGACCUCGUCGUUCAUCAAUGACACCCCUGGCCGGAUCUGAGCAUCGG